AUGACUGAGCCGAACACAGUCUAUGUUAUCACCGGUGCCAACCGCGGCAUUGGUCUCUGCAUGGCGCAGAGCCUACUCACGCGGCGGCACACGACCGUCGUCGCCACUGUGCGGUCCGACGCCGCGCGGACCCAGCUCCUCACCGGCACGGCCAGCGUCGUCCCUGCCGCGGGCAGCAAGCUCGUCAGCGCGCUCGUCGACUACUCGGCCGAGCUCGAGGCCGACGACAUCUCGCGCGUCUUGGGAGCGGCUCUUGCGGAAAAUGGCGUCGACCACGUGGACGUGGUCGUGGCCAAUGCCGGCCACGCCAUGGGCAUGGAGGGCGUCCUGACGACGACAGCCGCGCAGAUGCGCGCGCUGUAUAACAUCAACACCAUCGGGCCGCUGGUGACGCUGCAGGGGCUGUGGCCGCUGAUGACGCGGGCGCGGGCGGAGAGGGCAAGGCCGGGCAAGGCGGCGUUUGUGCUGGUGAGCUCGUCGGUGGGUUCGAUUGGCGGCAUGGAGCCGGUGCCGGGGGGCGCGUACGGGCCGAGCAAGGCCGCGGCCAACUGGAUCGCGAAAGCGGUGCACGCGCAGCUGGGCGGCGAGGGCGGCGUGGUUGGGGUCGCGGUGCAUCCGGGAUGGGUCAGGACGCGCAUGGGCGAUGCGGCGGCGACGUCGUGGGGGGUGCCGGAGGGGAAGGGGCCGACGCUGAGCCCGGAGGAGAGCGCGAUGCAUGUACUCGAGGUGGUGGAUAGGGCGGAGGAGUUUGGUGGCAAGUUUGUCAUGGAGGGUGGGCAGGAGCUGCUUUGGUGA